GGUCGAAUGUUUUAAAUCCUUAAUUGUUUUCGAUUUUUGGUAAUAACACCCGACAUUAUUCGAAAGUUAUCAGAUACGUGUGUCUGCUAGUAAGCUAACGUUAUCUCAGAGUGAAGGGAACCUUGCCCGCGGAAUGUGGCAGCAUUUGAAAAAUCUAUAAGUAAGGCCAUCGUUAGUUGACUAGUUACUUUGUGGCUGUAGAACGUACUAAGUCUGAGUGCAAAAUGAAACGAGUGGUUUGUUUAUUAUUCGUCAUCGUCUCGGCAAUCAAUGGGCAGGGAGAUGACCCUCGUUUCGGGUCACCACCCCGUCUGGGACCUCCGCCAAGGCGUCCAGUGCAGCCACCUCAUUUUGCACCAGAAGAUCUCGACUCAUUCCCCCAGAAUCUCCAAGAAUCCGAUCCGUUUCCGAGAAGGGACGCUCCCCCGCCCACCUACCGACGUUGGGACGGUCCCCUCCACGUUCCCGUCAUCAGUUCAUUCGGCGUACCCACCGAACCACCGGAAGUCCAGGAAGAACGUUAUCUUCAAAUCGCCGCUCUCAAGGAAGCAUAUGCUACAGCGGAACCGGAAAGGGAUUAUGACAAAAGAUGGGAUGGAGUAGAUGAAAAGGAAAGAGUUUCCAACGCCAACUCCAAUGUUCAAUAUGCACGCAACGAUUACCAACAACCGCGGCCUCAACAAACUUAUGAGCCUCAACAACCUCAACAGACUUAUCAGCCUCAACAGACCUAUCAGCCUCAACAACCUCAACGGUCUUAUCAACCUCAGCAACCCCAGCAGGCUUACCAACCUCAACGAGCCUAUCAGCCGCAACCGUCCCAAAUUGAUCAGUAUGAUAGACAGCCUACUGGAUUCUCCAAGUCCAAUCCGAUACCAUCCAAACAUUCGUUCUUCCAGUAAGACUAUCAAUAUAUUCAGCUACAAGAGUUCAGCAUGUGUAAUUUUUGUACAUAAUUACGCAACAAUCAGUUUUUAGUACAAAUAUAAACUAUUUUCAAUUUUGAGUGAAAUUUAAAAAAUUUUCGACCGCUUUGGUAGAUAGUUGAGUCAACCAAUACGUUUUUAUCAUCAGUAUAUUCUAACCUGGUCCAAGUUUUAAGGGGUGACUUUGUUUUAUUAAACACCAGAUUAAAUGUAAAUAUUCUACCUUUAUAAAUUUGAACAUACAAUAAAUUUUUGUAAAAAGGUGUGCAGUUUGAUCUGUUCUAAUAAAAAUGAGAAUUGGUGUUCCUUUUUAUAA